UUUAAAAGCAGUGAGUUCAGAGAUCUUCUUAUCUUUGCAGGUCACGAUGGAUCGAGCAGCAGCGAAAGUGAUUUUGCUUGCCGUCUUUCUCAUCACCGCCACUUCAGAUCCUGUAAAGAAGGCACAAAAUGUGGAUGUUUACAGUUUCCACAUGAACUCUACUGUGACCAGCCGCUACGCCACCACAACCAUCACGAGCCGCGUGGCCAACAAACUGAAUGAAUCUCAAGAGAUCCUGUUUGAGGUGAAGAUACCCAAGAAUGCCUUCAUCAGCAAAUUCAGAAUGAUAAUAGAGGGAACGAGUUAUGAUGGAGUUGUGAAGGAGAAAGCAGAAGCUCAGCAGCAGUACACUCAAGCAGUAUCACGAGGACAAAGUGCCGGACUCAUCAAGUCUGUUGGAAGGACUUUAGAAGAGUUUAAAACAUCAGUGACUGUGGCCGCUCUCAGUAAAGUCACGUUUGAGUUGACCUACGAGGAACUGCUGAAGCGUCGCCUUGGCAAAUAUGAGCUGCUCAUCAACGCCCAACCCAUGCAGACAGUCACAGAUUUCAAGAUUGACGUUCACGUUCAUGAGAAAACAGGAAUUUCCUUCUUGGAGGUGAAAGGAGAUCUGAGCACCGAUGAUCUGACCAAUGCCAUCAAAACAACCAGAGCAGACAAAGAUGCAUGGGUGACCUUCUACCCCACUCGAGACCAGCAGACCAAAUGUAAAACUUGUGGUGAAAAUGGACUGAACGGAGAUCUGCUCAUCACAUAUGAUGUCGAGAGACAAAAUCCCAACGGAGAAAUGACGGUGUCAAAUGGGUAUUUUUUCCAUUCUUUUGCACCCUCGGAUGUUUCACGCAUCUCCAAAAACGUUGUGUUUAUUAUUGACCGAAGUGGCUCUAUGCACGGCAAAAAGAUGCAGCAGACUCGCUUGGCACUGCUGAAAAUUUUGAGUGAUCUUGGUGAGAACGACCAUUUUGGAUUGAUCACCUUCGACAGUAGAGUUGAUUUGUGGAAGCGUGAACUUCUCAAAGCCACCCAUGCAAACCUGGAGGAUGCAAAAUCUUUUGUGAGGAAGAUCACAGACAGAGGAGCUACGGACAUAAAUGCUGCAGUGUUAGAAGGAGUGGAUAUGAUCAAACGGCAUCCACGAGAGGGAACUACCUCAAUCCUGAUCCUUCUGACCGAUGGAGAUCCAACAUCAGGUGAAACUAACACUGAGAAGAUCACAGGGAAUGUGAAAGUGUCCAUCGGGUCCAAGUUUCCGCUCUAUUGUCUUGGUUUUGGAUAUGAUGUGAAUUUCGACUUCCUUACAAAAAUGUCGAUGGAAAAUAACGGAGUUGCUCGCAGAAUUUAUGAGGAUUCUGAUGCCGAUCUGCAGCUGCAGGGCUUCUAUGAUGAAGUUGCUGUCCCGCUCCUCACCGAUAUUCAACUAAAUUACAUCGGAGUGUCAAAUCUCACCCAGACCAGUUUCAACUUGUACUUCAACGGCUCUGAAAUUGUGGUGUCGGGUCAAAUCACAGACAACAGUGUGGAGAGCGUCACCACUGAGAUCAUCGCUAUAUCUAAAGGAAGUAAGGUGACGUAUCGUGACACUGUAACGGCAAAAGAUGUAAGUGAUGUCCAACCUGAACAUGACAAUUUCCUGGAACGACUGUGGGCCUACCUCACAGUAAAGCAACUUCUGGACAGACAAGUUCUUCUUAAAGGUCCAGAAAAAGAGGCUUCAAGGAAAGAAGCUCUCAAUCUGUCCCUCAAAUAUCAGUUUGUCACAUCUCUCACCUCUAUGGUUGUCACCAAACCACAGGAAAAUCAAACUGAAGUUGCAAACAAACCCAAAGAGGGAGAAACACCACAGAGACCUCCAGUAUCCGCUCGACCUGGUGCCUCACGAAGGUUUUCAGGACGAGUUUCAUAUAGUCGCAUGGGCUCAUACGGUGGUGGACGAAGAGGCAGUCGUCUUCAAUCAUCUCCAGCCAAAAGUGAUCCUGAAGUAUUAGGUGAAAGCGGGUUCAUGGGAAUAGCUUAUGAUGAUUACUCCUCGUCUGUGACUUCAGAUUUACAUCACGCUGUGGCAGUUCCUUUAGCUCCUUUUGUUCCUGAAGUUCAUUUAGUUACUUUAGUUCCUGAAGUUCCUUCUCAUCAUUUCUUGCUGUCUGCUGACGGUCAGCCUAGACCACUUUGUUUCGCCGUUCCUCUUCACUACAAACUCAAACUGCUGGAGGACUCUUCAAUAGAGUUCUCAAUGAAUGGAGAGUCUGGGACCUCUAGACAUGGAUUCAGUCAAAUUGCCUUUCGUUAUAAAAAGACACAUCAUCUGGUAGUAAACACAACGUCCAUCAAUCACCAUAUUGACCAGGAAAACCAACAGUUAUUCUGGGGACAAAAUGCCCAAUUUAACAAAGACGGCGUGUCUGUGUUAAUAUCGCCCUCACAAGUCAAAAUCACCAUGGGGGAUUUCAUUAUCAGUGUUCUUCUUCAUAACAACGGGGAUCUGUUUUUGUGGCCUAAAGUAGAGCAAUAUCCACAAGGUUCCAGCCCCACGGGGAUUUUAGGCAAAGCAAGUAUUUCAUAUGAGAAGAUUAAAGGAUCCAGAACACCAACUCUGAAGAUAAUGGACAAGGAAGUGACAGCGUCUAUGGCUGAUGUGAGCGACUACAGCAGAACUUCUGCUCCUGUUAUCAAAUGUUGGCUCGUGCCGUUCGAAGCUGUGAUGAACGGAAAUAUAUCGGACUUUACUGUUACUCUGCUGUAGAGUUCAUACUGACAAAACUAUGUUUUCUAAAAUAUAAGUUUGAUCACA